AGAAACUAUAGAAAAAGAAAAAGAAAACCCUAUGGUUUCAAGAGCCGUGAGCACAGCCCAUUCCCCAACAGAGCAGCACUCUUCCCUAGCUUGCCUUUGUUGUCUGUACAAAACCCCAUUCACUCACAAAACCGGAGGAAAAAACCAAACCCAUCUCUCUCUCUCUCUCUCAAACCCAGGAAUGGGUCAGCUGAAAACCCUACAAGCUCUCCGCCUAACACUCUCUCUUCUCCUCUUGACCACCACCGCCGCCACAGCAGACGACUCAGAUGUGAUGUCGAAGCUUGCAGAAGGCCUCAAGAACACACCCAAAGACUGGUCAACAGGCAAAACCUACUGCGACUGGGAGGGCGUCAAAUGUGACGGAAACAGAGUCACCUCCAUCAACUUAGCCUCCAAGUCUCUCUCUGGCUCUCUCCCUUCAAAUCUCAACUCUCUCACUCAGCUCACCACCCUCUCACUCCAAAGCAACUCUCUUUCUGGCUCCUUUCCUUCUUUAGCCAACCUCUCUGCUCUCCAACAAAUCUUUCUGGACACCAACAAUUUCACUUCCAUUCCUUCUGGAUGUUUUCAAGGCCUCUCAAGCUUGCAGGUUUUGAGCAUGAGCCAAAACAUCAAUCUUGAUCCAUGGGUUUUCCCCACUGAGCUCAUUCAAGCUUCAAGCUUGGUCACUUUAGCUGCAGGUAAUGCAAACUUAUAUGGGUCUUUGCCUGAUAUCUUUGCUUCCUUUCCAAACUUGCAAAAUCUGAGGCUUUCUUACAAUAAUUUUUCUGGGUUUUUGCCCAAAAGCUUUUCUGGAUCUGGGAUUCAAAACCUCUGGCUUAACAAUCAGCAAUUUGGGUUAUCUGGUACGAUUGAAGUUUUAUCAAACAUGACCCAGUUAAACCAGGUUUGGCUCCAUAAGAACCUAUUCACUGGUCCGAUCCCAGACAUCUCAAAGUGUGAAACUUUGUUUGAUCUUCAGCUUCGUGAUAACCAGUUAACUGGCAUUGUGCCAGCCACAUUGAUGUCCUCAACUGCCUUGCAAAACGUUUCUUUGGACAAUAACAAGCUUCAGGGUCCUCUGCCUGUGUUUGGGUCCAAUGUGAAAAAAGCCACAUUUGAUGGUACUAAUAGCUUCUGCCAAACCAAACCAGGACCUUGUGAUCCGCAGGUCAACACUCUGCUUGAGGUUGCAAGGGCUUUGGGGUACCCAAUUUUGCUUACUGAGUCUUGGGAAGGAAACAAUGCUUGCGAUGGAUGGAGCUUCAUUGUUUGUGAUACGCAAGGAAAGGUUAUCACUGUGAAUUUUGAGAACAAGCAUUUCACUGGGAUCAUUUCGCCUGCUUUUGCCAAUUUGACAUCUUUGAAAAAUUUGGUGUUGAAGAAUAACAAUUUGACCGGGUCGAUACCGGCUAACUUGUUAACCUUGACGCAGCUUCAGCUUCUUGAUGUUUCCAAUAACAAUCUUUCUGGGGAAAUUCCGCAAUUCCCAUAUACGGUGAAGUUAAUUACAACAGGCAAUGUCUUGAUCGGGACUACUCCCAGCUCUGGAGGUGGAGGAGGACCUCCAUCCGGGUCUGGUUCGAAUGGAACUACACCCAAUGGGAAUCCGGCUCCGGCUUCGGGUGGUUCUUCAGUGUCUCCUGGUAUGAUUGCUGGU